AUGGAAAAAAAAUCUGGUAAAAAAUUUCAUCCCCGAUCUGGAAAUUCCGUUACAUAUGACUCAUCCUACCCCAUCUACGCCAUGGCUUUUUCCUCCUUCACUGCUUCCCUCCCCAAUUGCCACCCUCGAAUUGCCAUUGGGAGCUUUAUCGAAGAGAUCAACAAUUGUGUUGAUAUUCUCUCUUUCGAUGCACAUAACCUAACCCUUAAGCCUAUUCCGAAUCUCUGUUUCGAACACCCUUAUCCACCUACGAAGCUCAUGUUCCAUCCUAAUCCUUUUGAUUCUCUCAAAUCGAAUGACAUUCUUGCCUCCUGCAGUGACUACCUCCGUCUUUGGGAAGUUGGUGAUACUUCUAUUGAACCCCUUUUCACUCUCAGUAAGAAUAAAACUAGUGAAUACGUUGCCCCUUUGACGUCUUUUGAUUGGAAUGAGGUGGAGCCCAGAAGAAUUGGUACUUCCAGUAUAGACACUACUUGUACCAUCUGGGAUGUUGAAAUAGGGGCCGUCGAAUCUCAAAUUAUAGCCCAUGAUAAAGAGGUUUACGAUAUAGCUUGGGCUGAAGCUGGGGUUUUUGCCUCCGUUUCUGCUGAUGGGUCAGUUAGGAUUUUUGAUUUGAGGGAUAAGGAACAUUCGACAAUUAUUUAUGAGAGUCCAGAACCGGGUACUCAGUUGUUGAGGUUGGCUUGGAACAAGCAUGACUUAAGAUAUCUGGCUACUAUGUCGAUGGAUUGCAACAAGAUUAUGAUUUUAGAUAUUAGAUCUCUAGCAAGGCCUGUGGCAGAGUUGGCUAGGCAUCAGGCGAGUGUUAAUGCUAUUGCUUGGGCUCCACAGAGUCGUCGACAUAUUUGUUCGGCUGGGGAUGACGGGCAGGCGCUCAUUUGGGAGUUGCCAACUGUUGUAGGGCCUAAUGGGAUUGAUCAUAUGGCAAGGUACUCUGCUGGAGCUGAGAUUAAUCAAAUUCAGUGGUCUGCUGCGCAUCAUGAUUGGAUUGCCAUUGCGUUUUCUAACAAGUUGCAACUGCUUAAAGUAUAAGGCAAUUGGAUGAUUGAAUUUUUCCUGAACAAAAAUUUCAACUUUGUGUGAUGCAGUAUGCUGAUUCAUUUUCAUUUGGGCCCUGCUGGAUCAUCUUGUUGUUUGAGAGAUCCGAUUGCUGUUUCUAUGCCUUGUCAUAGUUGUAUUUGUUCUACAUGGAGCUUCUGUUGCUCAAGGGUUGUUUAUUGCUUAACAAUAAUCUUUUCUUUUUGUAGAAAAUUCAGCUUUUCAUCUGUUAAGAAAUAGAUUAUAAUUCAUGGGAAAUAUAUAAGUUAGAUAAAUUAAUUAUUUUUAGUUUAGAAGGCCCGACCUGGAAAUUGGUGGCUUCAUUGAGAGUUUUAUCUUGGUAAUUCAGUUUAAUGCUUAAAAAGAGUAACAUUUUAAUUUACUUUCUUUCCUUGUUCUCUCUCCUGGUUUCAUUAUCAAAUCUCAAAGAGGAUUUCUGAUGUGUAGCUCACAGAGAUGUGUUUGAUCUAUUGUGGCUAGGUUGAUUGAAGUCUUAAUUGUGUUGCAUUGCCCAUUUGGGAAAUAUCAACUUCAAACUGUUUGUCUCUCUGAUUUUCUUCUUUACCCCAAUGCAAAGUCAUCUUUAUCAAUUGUAGUAACCCAAAAACAGAGGAAAUACAGUUCAGUGGUUACCAUGUUCAAGGGAUAGAAAAUGUACUGUCAUGUUGGUUGAAGAUUAUACAUGCAGACUGACUGAAUUCUCAUUUCUUGACAUGCAAUGGAG